AUGAACUGGGUGAACGACCAGUUCUAUAAGUGGGUAGCUGGCCUAUACAAAAGAUUCAAUGCGAGUUUCGCCAAGGGACUCGCUGAGACCUUCACUAAGAGCAAUGAGUGGAGAUACAAGAUGACUCCGGAAUUCGAGGAUGGCCGGCUAGAGGGGGUAUUGGCUACCACCGGCGUCGCUCUGCUACUCGCGGCCGUGAUUGUUACCUUUAUCGUCUACGGAGAGAGGCUGAGUACGAAGGCCGCUCGUCUCACCUCGCCCUCGAAACCGGUGCUCGAGAAGGCAACCUUCAGCAGCGAAAAGAGACAGGUGCGCGAAUGGGGCAAAUGGAUUCCCUCCGACUACUCUAUGCCCAAGCCGGACCCGUAUCCAAAUUGGUCAAUUGUGGACACGAAACCGCUACCGUACCGGCCUUUUCGAUACGGCCCCAAGUACAACAUCACGAUGGGCCUGCGUUCCUUGAAACCUACCGACUGGAUCGAGCUCGACAACCACUACCCGCGAUACCACGCCGACAAGGCGCGGCGCAUCCAGGAACGUGGCGAGAAGUGUUGCCGAACCGCGCCUGAGGCGUACCCGGCGGCGGUCGAGCUGCUCGAGGAGCUGACCAACUACCUGCCGGCGCGGUACCCGACUCUCUACCGGCGCACGCCUCUAGGACUAGAUAACUUGUGGUCCGGCGAGCGCUUCGACAUCACCACGCGGCCCUUGCCUGAGGACCCGAUGCAGAUGUGCGCGAGACUCGUGCAAGACGACCUGGCCAUCAUGAUCGAGAAGACCGACGGCGAGUAUUACCUCAUGGCGGGCGCCGUCCUCCUCGCCGGAUUCUGGCGGCUGUCGGACAAAUACAUGAUGCGGCUGUCGGACGUCCACACGUCGGGAAAGGUGCCGGAGUAUGAGGAGCGGCUAGAGAAGGGUAUGAUGAACCUCUUUCGGCGGCUGAAGCCGGAGGAGAUGGUGGCACGUAACAACUACUUCGUGCAGGUGGACGACAACCUGGCGUGGUCGCGGAGCAUCGGCCCCGAGGAUUCCCCGUCGAUGGAUUCCCCGUCGUCGACGAGCUGGAACACGGCAGAGAAGAACCGGGCGGUCGAGCACCACUUCUUCCGCUCCGAGCGGCAGACGCUCCGGCGCCUGCCCAGGACCGGCGCCAUCGUGUUCACCAUUCGUACUUACUUCCACCCCAUCACCGAGAUCGCACAGGAGGAUUAUGUGCCGGGCAGGCUCGCGAGCGCGGUGCGCAGCUGGGGGGACGACGUGAGCCGUUAUAAGGGCCGGGAGAUGUUUGGCGACGUGCUGCUCGAGUACCUCGACCAGAAGCACAAGGAGCAGGUCGAGAGGGGGCUGGAUCUCAGUCGCGAGGACGAAUUGCGAUCCUUUCCCUUCUAA